UACGUGACACAUUUGACUGUGUUUUUGACAGUUUCCGUAUGUGUCUCUGUCAUUGUCAUUUUAUUUUUCAGAAUUUGUGAUUAAAAUUUAGAAAAUGUUGCGCCAGCCGCUUACUCGGGCGCUUGCGCUGAGCUCUCCGUCUCGAGUGGCUCCGCUAGCGGCUCGUCGUUUCGCUGAUCAAGUUCAAGCACAACCAGAUAAAGUAGAAGUCUUCAUUGAUGAUAAACCUGUAUAUGUUCCACCUGGCACCACAGUUUUACAGGCAGCUGCGGAAGUGGGUGUGGAAAUCCCACGUUUCUGUUACCAUGAGAGGCUGGCUGUUGCCGGAAACUGCAGGAUGUGUCUGGUGGAAGUUGAGAAAUCCCCAAAACCGGUUGCUGCAUGUGCUAUGCCAGUCAUGAAAGGCAUGAGAGUCAAAACUAACUCUGAUUUAACUCGCAAGGCUCGAGAGGGUGUAAUGGAGUUCCUGCUUGUAAACCAUCCCCUAGAUUGCCCUAUAUGUGAUCAGGGAGGUGAAUGUGAUUUGCAAGAUCAAUCUAUGGCAUUUGGUUCAGACAGAAGUAGGUUCACUGAUAUUCAUUUCUCUGGAAAAAGGGCUGUCGAGGAUAAAGAUGUGGGACCUCUUAUUAAAACCAUUAUGACUCGCUGCAUUCACUGCACUAGAUGUAUUCGCUUUGCAUCUGAAGUGGCUGGUAUUGAUGAUUUGGGCACCACUGGUAGAGGGACAGACAUGCAGGUUGGCACAUAUGUAGAGAAAAUGUUCCUCUCGGAAUUAUCUGGCAAUGUAAUAGACUUGUGUCCUGUAGGUGCUCUUACAUCAAAACCAUACAGUUUUGCUGCUCGACCCUGGGAAACCAGGAGGAUUGACUCUGUCGAUGUUUUAGACCCAUUGGGUAGCAAUAUCGUCGUCGCUACGCGCACCAAUGAAGUGUUACGUAUUCUUCCACGAACCAAUGAGGAGAUCAACGAAGAAUGGUUGUCGGACAAGUCUCGUUUUGCGUGCGACGGGCUUAAGCGCCAGCGUUUAGUAACGCCCAUGGUAAAGGACAGUCGCGGGAACCUCACGCCCGUGGAGUGGGAGGACGCCAUAGUGGCCGCCGCGAGAGCGUUGCGAGACUGCCCGUCUGACAAGUUGUUGGCAGUGGCCGGAGACCUUGCAGAUGCAGAGUCCUUAGUUGCAUUGAAAGACUUCGUGAAUCGACUCGGCUCCGAGAACACCUGCACUGAACAGUUCUUCCCAGCGGAAGGAUCGGGAACUGAUUUGCGAUCUUCAUAUCUGCUGAAUACAAAGAUUGCAAACGUGGAGGGCGCAGAUUUCGUCCUUCUGAUUGGAACGAAUGUCCGCUUCGAGGCGCCGCUGCUGAACGCGCGCAUCCGCAAGGCGUUCAUACACAAGGAGACCGACGUGGCGCUCAUCGGGCCCAAAGUGGAUCUCACAUACGAUUAUACGCAUGUGGGAGAUUCGGCAUCUCUGGUGAAAGAUCUAGCGACGGGCACAUCUUCGAACGAAAUCCUUAAACGUUUAGAGAGUGCUAAACGACCCGUGGUGAUAUUGGGCGCGGAUCAGCUGAAGACCGAAGAGGGUGCCGCUUUACUCGCUUAUACGCAGGAACUCGCCUUAAGGUUGCAAGAUAACCUUCAAGAUAAGGAAUGGAAGGUGUUGAACGUGCUGCAACGCACGGCGUCGCAAGUGGCGGCGCUGGACAUCGGCUACAGGCCGGGCGUGGGCGCGGCGCUCGCGGCCGGCCCGCGCGUCGUCUACUUACUGGGCGCUGACUCGGGAAUAGUCACGAGGGAAGCUUUGCCCAAAGACGCUGUCGUCAUCUAUCAGGGUCAUCACGGAGACGCGGGCGCCAGUAUCGCCGAUAUAGUAUUACCGGGAGCCGCAUAUACUGAGAAACGCGCUACAUACGUGAACGCUGAAGGACGCGCUCAACAGACCCUUGUGGCUGUCACACCGCCAGGAUUGGCUCGAGAGGACUGGAAGAUCAUCAGGGCCCUGUCGGAAGUGGCUGGUGCGGGUCUGCCGUACGACACGUUGGAUGAGGUACGCGAACGUCUCAACCAAGUGAGCCCCGCGCUAGUCGCCUACGGAGAUGUGCAGCCUAAUAACUACUUUGCGCAAGCUAGAGCUCUCGCCAAGAGUCUUCAAAAGCCGGUGUCAGGCAAGUUGGACGUACAGCUGAAACAACUGGAAGAUUACUUCAUGACGGACGCGAUCAGUCGCGCAUCGCCCACCAUGGCGAAGUGCGUGCAGGCAGUUCUUAAGCAGAAGACUGCGCCAUACUAAACUACCAUCUAUAAGGGAAAUACACUAAGCUCAUUCGAUUUCCUAAAUUCAAUUCAGGUAGACCUUAUGACUGCUAUGUUAUUUUGAACGUUGGGAGUUCGGCGUAGAAUCGAAAAUAGAAGUUGUGAAAGCGCAACCUAACAUCGGGAUUCUUGACAUGUAAGCAAUAGUCUAAAAAAUAUUUACUAAAAUAAAUCACGCAGAGAAAAUGGCUCAUGUUUCGCGCAAUGUGUGCGUGACACUAAUGUCAGAUUGUGCUAAAGCAGUCGAAUGUGCUAGUGUUUAGCGAGGAGCGUAAUUAUCUACCAUAUGUAGUAGAUAUUUUUUUAAAUUAUAAUUUAACCAUUUUACAGUUUUGUGGUCUCGAUGAGCUUAAGUACAAAACCUUAAAUACGGCUAGUGUUAAGUGCUAUUUCCGACUAACAUUGGUUAAGUGUUUCCGAAUGCUGUUUUUUUCUACCGUUUCAAUCAGAAUUCCGUUGUCAUUCAAAGACACUUAAACUUUGAUAGUUAAAUUUAGGUAAAUGUAACAAUUAUAGGCAUGUACAUAUGCCUUUCUGCAAUCAUUUUUAUGUAGGAAAUGCAACAAAAAAAUCACUUUGUACGGUAUAUGAUUACUUUCUAUUCCUAUCCAUGUGAUCAAGCAACUAUUUAUUAUGAUAUUUAAUAUGUAGGCAUAAAUGUGUUUACAUCUUUCCGAAUUUGAAAAUAAUCUUUUGAGCAUCUUAUUUUAAUCUUGAUUAUUGUAGAAAUUGAUAUGGACCGCAGCAAAUUGUAACUGAAAGAUAUGUAUAUGGAAUGUGGAAGAUAAAGUUUUGUAUAUAAUUAAUGUUUGUAGUUUACAAAUAUAAAUAAAUAUAGUACAAUGAUUGUCGA